GGCAGAGUACCAGCUGCUGUAGCUCUCAGUUGUUGCAGAGCUGAGGGCACCUGAACCCUCCAGCACGCUGUCCCCUUCCAAGAGGCCACUCAGCCUUUUUGACUUGGAAGUCCUGGCCCCACCUUCUCGAACAGCUGUCAGCCUAUACUACUUGGAUCCCCUGCUUGGAUCCUCUGUCUGCCAGACUCACCUCCAUCCCAUUGUGGAGUGGCUGCUUCCUUCUGACCCCAGAAAGCAUCCUGCCCAUUUUCCUCAUUCCUGUGAUAGCCCUGCUCUGCUCUUCCUGCCAUUACCUCCCAGGCGUGGUCUCAUUUGUCCUUCCCUUUACUUUUUCUGCCUCUUCCUCAGUUACAGGAACAUUCCCUUUAUCCACAUGCCAUGCCUCCCUGCCCCUCUCCUGUACCUUCAGAUAUGUGGGAGAGAAAAUGAGUGAGCAGAAUUCUUUCUCCUUGGCCUACCCUGGCCCAGGUGUGGAGAGAAGGUAGUAGCGAUUUGAAGAAGAAACAAGCUGGGGUGGGGGUGUCCAGGAAGGGGACCAGUGAUUAGGAAUUGAGAGUCUAAGGAAGCACUUCUGGUGCCCAGGAAGUAGGGAGUGGGGAGGCUCCAGGGCUGUCGGGUCCUCACAGGGCCCAGAGGCUGUAUUUGCAGGGUGCUUGGGAGCACAGGACAGAGUAGGGUUCCAGAUGACAGGACUUGAUUCCUGGAUUACGGCCUCUGCCCCUCAUUGUUUCAUCCCCUACUUAGAUCAAUAUUGAUGUGUCCUAGACCUAGAGAGGUCCCUGGACUCACCACUGUCCCAGCUGUACUCUCCCUGUCCCGCCUUCCCCGCCGCCCGCCCCACUGGCCAGUCCCCACGCCCACACACCCCAGGCUGCUUCAUCUGGCACUGAUUAUCCUGCUGCUGCCGCUGCCGCUGCUGAACUCAGCUGCUGCCUCUGUCUAGAGGACCCCAGCGCCUGCCCCCCAGCCAUGCUGCCUGCUGCCACAGCCUCCCUCCUGGGGCCCCUCCUCAUUGCCUGGGCCCUGCUUCCUUUCGCCCAGGGCCAGACCCCCAACUACACCAGACCCGUGUUCCUGUGCGGAGGGGAUGUGACUGGGGAGUCAGGUUAUGUGGCAAGUGAGGGUUUCCCCAACCUCUACCCCCCCAACAAGGAGUGCAUCUGGACAGUGACGGUCCCUGAGGGCCAGACUGUGUCCCUCUCCUUCCGAGUCUUCGACCUGGAGCUGCACCCCGCCUGCCGUUACGAUGCUCUGGAGGUCUUUGCUGGGUCUGGAACUUCGGGCCAGCGGCUCGGACGCUUCUGCGGGACCUUCAGGCCGGCACCCAUAGUUGCCCCCGGCAACCAAGUAACCCUGAGGAUGACGGCGGACGAGGGAACGGGAGGACGAGGCUUCCUGCUCUGGUACAGCGGGCGGGCCACCUCAGGCACUGAGCACCAAUUUUGCGGGGGGCGGCUGGAGAAGGCCCAGGGAACCCUGACCACGCCCAACUGGCCCGAGUCCGAUUACCCCCCUGGCAUCAGCUGUUCCUGGCACAUCAUUGCGCCCCCAGACCAGGUCAUCGCGCUGACCUUCGAGAAGUUUGACCUGGAGCCCGACACUUACUGCCGCUACGACUCGGUCAGCGUGUUCAAUGGAGCCAUGAGCGACGACGCCAAGAGGCUGGGGAAGUUCUGCGGCGACACGAUCCCAGGCCGCAUCUCCUCCGAAGGGAACGAACUCCUUGUACAGUUUGUCUCAGAUCUCAGCGUUACUGCCGACGGCUUCUCAGCCUCCUACAGGAUCCUGCCGCGGGGCGCUGUCGAGGAAGGGCCAGCCCGAAGCCCAGGAGAGGACACCCCACUUCUUGGCCCUGGCACUAAACCGGAAACUGGGCCUAAAGUCAAGGCACCCACCAAGCCCCGACUUCCACCUGCAGAGAAACCAGAGGCAACUCCGGUGGGCCCUGAUACUCCCAGUGUCCCCUGCCCAAAGCAGUGCCGGAGGACAGGCACCUUGCAGAGCAACUUCUGUGCCAGCAACUUGGUGGUGACUGCAACAGUGAAGUCCAUGGUUCGGGGACCAGGGGAGGGCCUCACCGUCACUGUGAGUCUUAUUGGUGCUUACAAAACCGGAGGACUGGACCUGCCCUCUCCGCCCACUGACACCUCCCUGAAGUUUUAUGUGCCUUGCAAGCAGUGCCCCUCCAUGAAGAAAGGAGCCAGUUAUCUGCUGAUGGGCCAGGUGGAAGAGAACAGAGGUCCCAUACUUCCUCCAGAGAGCUUCGUGGUUCCCUACCGGCCCAACCAGGACCAGAUCCUCACCAACCUAAGCAAGAGGAAGUGCCCUUCCCAACCUGCACGGGCUGCUGAGUCCUAGGCCUGAGACCCAGGCCAACUCCAGCCCUAGCUCUAGCCCUUGGGUUCCCUUUCUUAUCCAAAUAAAUGUUUCUUAACUGAGGAA